AUGGCGCAGCCAGCAGUUCCUGUGAAUGAAGACAGGACUGACCUACUCGGAAUACCACCCUUUUGGGCAAGAACAUCGGUUAACCCACCUUUCAUUUGGGAGACGUGGGUGGGACAAUUUUUUUUGGCGGUGAGUCUCAAAGAUAACAUCUCACCGGGGGAGUUACUAGUUGCCCCAGCAGAGUUAGUGGAUGAACCUUACCCAAAGCCCGAAGCACCGAGUGCAGAUGAAAAUGCCGCAGAGUUGGCCGAUAGGAACCUCCGAAUUGCAGCAGCUAAUAGAAGAAUCGACGAGUACAAUCAAGACAGGAGACGAAAAGGACCUCGCAUUGGAAAUAACUGGUGUUACCAUGAGGCAGAGGCGCGGUUGAAAUCGCGACUUUUCUUCGCUCUGGGAAACGAGGGGAAAAAACGAUUUUUGGAUUCCUACCCUCAUUUGGAUCUCAAUACUAGCUCGUUCAGAGAUUUUCAUAAGUGUUGUGAGGAUGUCUUCAAGGCAGAGCGUGACUACACAGUCGAAAGGAUUAAGCUAUACAAUACUAUAUUCAUGCAGGAUAAUGACUCAUUCUCGUCAUUCUAUGCCCGACUUAGCGCUCAAACCGCGUUAUGUAACUGGCCGAUCGAUCAGGAAAGAGCAACAUUGAAAGAUUUGUUCAUUGGCCGCAUUCGCGAUGUGGAAGUUCAGAGGCAACUAAUCAGAGCAAAAGCUAAUCUUGAUGAUACUCUACAACUGGCUUUGGAAAACGAGAAAGGGGCUAAAACAUCAGAACAAUUUCAGAAAUUGCUCCCGCAUAAUAACGCUACUUUCAAUUCUACAAACUCUAUUCGAGUCAAACAGGAACCAACUUCGUCAGUACAACAAUUUAAGAAUCAAGGAAAUAGCAGCCGGGGAGGUGGUGUAUCUCGUCCUAACCAACGACAAAAUCAAAACAAACCAUGCUAUUUUUGUGGCAACCCGUUUUCUUUAGAACAUCGCCGGUCAUGCCCGGCUCGAGAAGCUACUUGUAAUGCUUGCAAAAAGAAGGGUCAUUUUGCGAAGGUGUGUAACACUACGAGACGACGCGUUAACAUGAUACAAAACGACGAGACGCCUACAGAUCAAGAGUGUAAUCUAAUUGACGUAAACGGUGACAGCGAGCCGGAAUAUGGGGUCAUGGCAGUAGACGUUGUGCAGAUUAACAAUUUGGAGCUUCUAAAGACAGCGGGAGGACAACCAAGAAGCCUCAGCAUUCAGUUACGAUCCGGCAACUCCUUUUUCUAUUCCACGGUGGACACUGGAAGUCCCGUAUCCUUUUUAAACAAGAAGACGGCGGAUAUACUCAUGAAGCGGAUCCCCAACAUUAAAUUUAAGGACAUCGCGAGACAUCCUUUAGAUGUUACUUAUGUCGAUUAUAACAAGAAACCAAUUAAACUGUUUGGUUCUCUGGAAAUCCCUAUUGCAUCGAAGGGAUGGAAGAUUGAUAAGGCGUGUUUCUUGGUUUCCGAAAAUCGUACCCGAAACUUACUUGGUUUGAACCUUCAUGAGAAGUUAGGAAUUGAAACGGUGCAACGCAGACCGGCAGAAGUUAGUUACGCCGAGGAAGAUGAGGAAUUGGAUCCGACCUCAAAAUUCUGGAGGAACCACUUUGUCAACAGGUACCCUAAUGUAUUCAGCAGACUGGGGAGGUCUAAAAACCAUAAAGUAUUCACAAAUUUUAAAGACCCGUUGGUGCCCAGACAAGUUAAAGGCCGAAAAGUCCCUAUACAUUUGCAAGAUCGGGUCACGGCUGAGAUCAAAAAGUUGAUUAAAGACAAGCACAUUGAAAAGUUAGAAAAGUGUACAACGGAUCAUUUCAUUGCACCCAUAGUCCUAACAGCAAAGAAAGAUGGGUCUAUAAAACUCGCACUGAAUGCUAAACCUAUGAAUGCCCAAAUCUGGCAAAACAAAUAUCAAAUGCCUAAUAUGCAUGAAUUGAUUGACUCGGCGGCUCAAAUUAUAACUAAAGACACACCUGGGGAGGUGUGGUUUACUUCUCUUGACCUUAAAUACGCUUUCAGUCAAUUACCUUUAUCGGAACUAACCAGUAGUCAUUGUAACUUUAGUAUUUUGUGCGGAGAGGCAACAGGCACAUAUCGAUUCAAGACUGGUUUCUACGGACUGACGGACAUGCCUACGGAAUUUCAGAAAGCGAUGGACUGUACGUUACAAGGAUUAGAGGGUGUCAUAUGUUACCUUGAUGAUAUACUGGUUGUCACUAAAGGAAGAGUUGAAGACCAUAAUGUACUAGUCGAAAGAGUCAUGAGUCGAUUGGAUGAAGAAGGAUGGGCGUUGAAACUUAGUAAAUGUUUCUAA